AUGGCGAACGCCGCGGAAUCGAGGGUUCGUCUAGUGGAAGGGGAACGAGGGACGAGGGUUUCAUGGGAUCGCCGUCUCCGGCCGGCGCCGCCGAGGUGGGUUAUACUGCGCCGCAUUCCACAAGUGUGCCAUGAUCUCGACGACGACUUCUCCCUCACGCUCGGCGAGCCCCCGCGCCUCACCGAGCUCGCCGUGUCCCCGCAUCUUGCCCCUGACGGCGUCUCUACCGACUGCUUCCCCUUGGUCCACGCCGCCGAUCCGUCCGGAAUCCUCCUCGUCUCCGCCACCUACGGCCGCUGCUCCAUUGGCCCUCCCUCCGCCGACGAGCAGGCGGGGAAUUACACGACGAACUACUUCGCCUGGAAUGCCGCCAUCGGCUACACCCACCGCCUCCCGCCGCAUGAGGACUCUGUAAAGCACACCGGCAACGUCGGCCUCGUCGUCGCCCCUCGAGACUGCGACGAGUACAAUUUCAUGGUCGCCGAGCUCCUGCCCGCCGGCGACGGCGACCGCGCCACUCUACUCUGCUAUUGGUCAUACGGUCGUGAAUGGGUGAAGAAAAUUCUUCCCUUUCCCCUCAAAUGCCGGUGGUCUGGUGCCCGUACAUUCUCGCACCAAGGGAAGCUCUGGUGGUUGGAUCUCUCGCAAGGUCUUCUCUGCUGUGAUCCUUUUGCUGAAGAGCCGGAGCUCCUCUUCGUGCCACUCCCUGAUGAUAUAGAUACACACACUCGAGACAGAGAUGUCGGCAACCGUCGCUGCGUAAAUCUGAGCAAUGGUGCGCUGUGGUUAGUGGAGAUGACUCACCACCGCCGUGCGCUGCUCGUUAAGAUGUGGAAGUUGGGCAAUCAAGGGCAAUGGACUCGCGAUUACGAAUUCAAGUUUGCGGAUAUCUGGGCUGACAGCAGCUACAAAGAAACUGGACUGCCGAAGAAGAAGCCUGUGUUGGUAGCCAUCAACCCUGAUGAUCCUGAGGUGCUUUACUUCGUUUUGGAGGGUAAUCCCCUCGAAGUUAACAUUUGUGCCAAAAGAGUUGAGCUGUGUGUGGCUUUCAGCCCUACCACAAAUUUGAAAAUAGACCGGGGGUCCUCGCAAUUUGUUCUCACUUGGAAUCUUCCGACAUCGGUAGUUUCAUCAUCAGGUGAUAUAAAUGUUGUGUUUUUGCAAACUGCUCGGCAUUACUUGUUACCGUUUGAGUUAUUGUGUUGCUUUGCUGACUUGAUUUUGUGUGCCACAAAGUCUAGGUACCAUUACUCAUCUACAAUGCCAUCCGUUUAUACUGCCCAGAUUACAUGUGAAAUCGAGAAUGUAUUAGUAGUUUGAGCUAUGUC